GUCUCGUGGGCUGCUCCCAGCCGGCUCCCUCCCCCCAAACAGCUGCCGCCGGGAGGGAGGCGAGAGGCGCGGGAGCUGUCCAGCAUCCUGGUGCUGAACGCCGGAGCGCUCGUCCUCCGGCACCACCAUGUAAAGGCCAUGAAAAGGGCUGGUCCCGGCGCAGCGCGGACAUGGAGGAGGACUUAUUCCAGCUCAGGCAGCUACCGGUGGUGAAAUUCCGGCGGACAGGCGAGAGCGCGAGGUCAGAGGACGACACAGCCUCGGGGGAGCAUGAGGUCCAGAUCGAAGGGGUCCACACGGGCCUAGAGGCUGUGGAGCUGGACGAUGGGGCAGCGGUGCCCAAGGAGUUUGCCAAUCCCACUGACGAUACUUUCAUGGUGGAGGAUGCGGUGGAAGCCAUCGGGUUUGGAAAGUUUCAAUGGAAGCUGUCUGUCCUCACUGGCUUAGCAUGGAUGGCCGAUGCCAUGGAGAUGAUGAUUCUGAGCAUCCUGGCUCCUCAGCUGCACUGCGAGUGGCGCCUCCCCAGCUGGCAGGUGGCCUUGCUGACUUCGGUGGUCUUCGUCGGCAUGAUGUCCAGCUCCACGCUCUGGGGAAAUAUCUCAGACCAGUAUGGCAGGAAAACAGGGCUGAAGAUCAGCGUGCUCUGGACCCUGUACUACGGCAUCCUCAGUGCUUUCGCCCCCGUGUAUAGCUGGAUCCUGGUGCUCCGGGGACUGGUGGGCUUUGGAAUCGGAGGGGUCCCCCAGUCGGUGACGCUCUAUGCCGAGUUCCUUCCCAUGAAAGCCAGAGCCAAGUGUAUUCUGCUGAUUGAGGUCUUCUGGGCUAUCGGGACAGUGUUUGAAGUCGUCCUGGCUGUGUUCGUGAUGCCCAGCUUGGGCUGGCGAUGGCUGCUCAUCCUCUCCGCGGUUCCGCUCCUCCUCUUCGCCAUUCUGUGCUUUUGGCUACCGGAGAGCGCAAGGUACGAUGUGCUAUCAGGGAACCAAGAGAAGGCCAUCGCCACCUUAAAGAGGAUAGCGACCGAGAACGGAGCACCUAUGCCACUGGGCAAGCUCAUCGUCUCCAGGCAGGAAGAUCGUGGCAAAAUGCGGGAUCUUUUCACUCCCCACUUCAGAGGAACGACCCUGCUGCUGUGGUUUAUAUGGUUCUCCAAUGCGUUCUCUUACUACGGACUUGUCUUGCUGACCACGGAGCUGUUCCAGGCAGGAGAUGUUUGCAGCAUCUCCAGCCGGAAAAGGGCAGUCGAGGCCAAGUGCAGCCUGGCCUGUGAGUACCUAAGUGAGGAGGAUUACAUGGACCUGCUCUGGACCACCCUCUCCGAGUUUCCAGGUGUCCUCGUGACUCUGUGGGUCAUUGACCGCCUGGGCCGCAAGAAGACCAUGGCCUUGUGCUUCCUCAUCUUUUCCUUCUGCAGCCUCCUGCUGUUCAUCUGUGUUGGACGAAACAUGCUUACUCUCUUACUCUUCAUCGCAAGAGCAUUUAUUUCCGGAGGCUUCCAAGCAGCCUAUGUUUACACACCUGAGGUCUACCCCACAGCAACACGAGCACUGGGCCUGGGCACCUGCAGUGGCAUGGCAAGAGUGGGUGCUCUCAUCACUCCAUUCAUUGCUCAAGUGAUGCUAGAAUCCUCUGUGUACCUGACGUUGGCGGUUUAUAGUGGCUGCUGCCUCCUGGCUGCCCUGGCCUCCUGCUUUUUGCCCAUCGAGACCAAAGGUCGUGGUCUGCAGGAGUCCAGUCACCGAGAGUGGGGCCAGGAGAUGGUCGGCCGAGGGACGCAUGGCCCAAGCGUCCCCAGGUCAAACUCUGGCUCUCAGGAAUAGCACCCACUGGGGAGUGCUGAGCUGGUCUUGGGGGCUGGUGUGGCCCCACUGGGGACACAGAUGGUCACUGCCGACAUCAAGA